CACGCGCCUGCUAGAUAUUCAUUCUCGUUUUUUUUCCAAACGGUCAAUGCUAAGAAUACAAGAAGAAGAAGUAGGGGUCCACGCAUAGUCUACCACCGCAAGAGUGGGGUCCCAAAUAUCCAUCGACCGACUAUAAAAGUAAACUAGUGUAAGUGAACCCAUAUCAGUUUUUUUAAAACCCGCUCCGACAUGAUUUCCAAGUGCUUAGUGCUCGCUUUAAUCGCUCACGUGACACUCGCUCGUACCACCGCGGGUACUACUCAAAACGACGUCCACGAGACCGCUAGAUCAGACAGUACCUCGUACCUUAGUGACCUCAAGUACGUUUACAAAGUGUAUCAGGAAUGCGCCGCCACAGACACCAUGUCCUGCUUGAAGCUGAAGCUGGUCGCCGCUAUGGACAGAGCAGCUAGGUCCUACAGCAACGUGCCCAUAUUCGAAGGAGUUAGCUUCGUCAAGGAUCCUAAAGCUGUGACACCUGAGGAGCCAAUCAAAAGUGAAGCUGAGCUGGAAGCUACCCUUCCCAGGUCCCUGGACGAGAAGUCCACAGCUUUGGACUCUAUCAUAGCUGAGAAAGUCUCCAACUUCAUUGGUACCCAUACCCUACAAAUCAAACUCCCUAGUUCUUCUGACCUAAAGCGAUCAUUCGAAGAAGAGGGACGUAAACGUAAAGGAGGCAAGAAAGGAGGAUCUUCCGGGUUGCUGCUUUUACCCCUGAUUCUUGGAGGAACUUUGAUCCCCUUGGCUCUUGGUGCUUUGGCUCUGCUUGCUGGGAAGGCGCUGAUAGUUUCGAAGUUGGCUCUGGUUCUGGCUGGUAUUAUUGGGAUCAAGAAGCUGCUUUCUGGAGGUGGAAGUAGCGGACAUGAUGCUAGUCACGUGGAGGUUUACGGAGGUGGACAUUCCGGUUCGGGAUGGGGAAGGUCCUACGAGAAAGAGGAGGCUCAGAAGUUGGCGUACAGUGCGUACGAACCCAAAUCGAGUUGAAGGAAGAUAGCAUAAUUUUUUUAAGUAAUUUAUUUAAUUUAUUUUUCCG